AUGGAGGAGGUGGAGAAGGUAAGAGCGGAAAGGAGUGGUGACGAGCAGAAUAUUGAUUUGUACGGAGAGGAAACCAGCGAAAUCCUGCGAAAAGCGAUGCAGACGCAGGAUGAUGGGAAGGAGGUCGAGGACCCACCAAAGUAUCUGAGCGUGUUCCUUGCGUUCCGAGCGGCGCUGAAGAAGGAGAGAGCGAAGCGAGGAGGCGAGAAGAAGGGAGAAAAGGAGGAGGAGGAAGAAGAAGAAGAGGGAGAGAAAGAAGGGAAGAAAGAACUGAAAGCGAUUUCGAGCGAGAGCCAGAAGCGAAAAGAACCGGAAAAGAAGAGGAAAGGCACCGGAGCGAAGAGACAGCGAAAGAAGUAAUGUGUGUAU